CCUUAAAGGAUACACGUCGUCCUUGGCAACCUUAAUAAAACAAAUUCCGUUCUGUAAUCGGUUUUAUUAGUUACUAAACUACAUUGUUUGCAUUUAGUUAAUAUUAUAUAUAUAAUUUAUUAAAAAUUAAAGUAUAAAAAUGUACGGUUGGUUACUUGAGAGUGUUCAACAUUUUAUUGUGCAAGAAUGCGGGGAAGAAAUAUGGGAGACGAUACUUCGAGAAUCAGGUGCCAGGAACACUGUGUUCAGCGCGACACAGCAAUAUCCAGAUGCACUCAUGUUACGACUAGCGUGUGCUUUAGCCCGAUUAUUCAGUAAAGAUCCAAACAGUCCGACAACUUCUACACCCACCAGUCCAACACUAAGAAAAACGUCCCUCAAGUCCAAACCAACCUGGCGAAGUGCGUCUGUUCACACUGACAACAGACUUCAAAGCUAUCGAUGCCCUUUCACAGCCAACAAUGCUUUAGCAGCUGUCACUAAAAAAGAAAUAGCUUCUUACAACUCAAGCGAAGAAAUACGAAUGCCGGUUAAGGGUACAAUUUCAACUGAAAGAAUCAACGAAGGCGAAGAGUUUAACAUUACAAACAUAAGAAAUUUACAAAGAAGGAGUUUGGCUAUAAAUUUAGAGCAUCACGUUGCCAAAGAAGCACCAGAGAAGAUCGUAGAAGUUGACGAUGAUGGCGACAUCAAAUGUCCUAUUGAAGUAACAACAUCGCUUCAAUCUGACAAUGUCAACGUUUCCCCUGAAAAGAAGCAGAUUGUCAGAAAGACGAGCGUCACAGUAGCUUUGGAUGUAUACAAGAGAAGAGGGUCAGGUGUUUCCAGGCCAAGAUUAAAUAGCCUUAAUCUUAUAAACACUGAACGAUUGAGCGCAAUGCGGGAGAGGUUUGGAACGCCUGAGAAAGUUAUGGACUUCUUUGGAAGAUGUUUCGUGAAGUUUUUCACCAAUUAUGGUUAUGACACAAUGAUCCGCGCGACGGGGCGAUAUUUCUGCACGUUCCUGCAGUCAGUGGACAGCAUCCACCAGCGCAUGCGCUUCACUUUCCCGCGUAUGCGCUCGCCCAGCAUGCAACUUACGCGCGCGCACAUACACGGGGCUGAGUUAGUAUAUAGCAGCGGCAGGACUGGAUACACACAUUAUCUCAUGGGUCAACUGUACGAGAUAGCUGAGGACAUCUUCUCAUUGAAGCUGAAAGUGACUAUAGUGAAGGAGAGUAUGGAAGGAAACUACUACGUGGCAGUGCUGAGACUGGAAUUUGAUAACAGCGACUAUGUGCAAUCUCUAAUGCUACGUAAAUCACUGCCGUGCUUACUGCCAGCCAUUCCAGCCUCGUUACUUCUGCAGCUGUUUCCUUUUGGUGUACUCUUGGAUAGGAAGAUGAAGAUCCUUCUAGCAGGGGAGAAAUUGGUAGCAGCUUGGGGCGGACCUAGCUGUAGAAUAAUGAAAACACCAGUUUCUGAAAUAUUGCGUUUGAGGAAACCGAAAAUAUCCUUUACUUGGGACAAGGUAGUAUGUAUGCAGACAAUGCUGUUCGAAUUAGAACUAAUGAGAUGGAAGGCACGGUGUGUGAAUGACGCACGCCGAGGCUCCCAGGGCGCACGUUCCAUCCUGCUUAAAGGACCAAUUUAUUUGCUCGAAGAAAUAGAUGCUCUCAUUUUUCUUUGCAGUCCAAUUUUCAACGAUUUAGACGAGUUAAGACAAGCCGGUUUAUACUUAGCUGAUAUGAACGGUCACGGACUCUCCAAGGAAAUGCUACUGCACGGCUGGCAGCAUCUUUCUCGACUGGAACUGCUGUUCGAAAAGGCUGAAAGUAGAAGCUUGUCUCUCGAAAAGUCGUGUAGACUUUUGGACCAGUGGAAGAAGAGGGGCGAUCAACUGCUGUAUUCUAUGAUACCGAAAGGAAUUGCUGAUCAUUUGCGAUCCGGUAAAGAUCCGAUGGGGGCUUGUCAGGCAUUCGAGUCAGUAACUAUAAUGUUCUGCGGCGUGCAGCUGGCGGAGGCAGGAAGCCGCGCUGGUGUCAUGCAAACCGUUGCCUACAUGAACGACGUUUACUCCAGGAUUGAUAGACUACUAGACGCUCAUAGAGUCUACAAGGUAGAAACAGUAGGCACUGUUUAUAUGUUGGUGUCAGGCGCCCCGGAGCGUCGUCGAGCGCACGCCGCAGCCGCUGCAAGCGCCGCUCUGGCCGUCUCUCGUGCUUUGCCCAUGCUUACCAUCGGAGUACAUUCUGGACCUUGCGUGGCGGGAGUGCUGGGACGUCGGUUACCGCGCUACUGCCUUGUUGGUGACACUGUCAACACAGCUAGCAGAAUGCAAACGUCAUCAGAGCCGGGUCGCAUUCAAAUAUCUGCGAAGACGGCGGCAGAACUUCCCGCCGGCAGAUUCCGAUUGAGACGAAGAGGACUCAUUAAAGUUAAGGGUAAAGGCAUGAUGGAGACCUUUUGGCUGGAAGGGGAAGUGGAAGAGGAGGAACAGGACGAGGCUCUACAGCUGUUCGCUGCACUUUGUGGAGAUAAUUGAUUCUUAAAAUGUAUUCCAUCAUGCUAUAAGAUACUUUCGUAUUUAAUGUAGUUUAUUAAACUUUCUAGUCUAUUAACGAGUAUAUAAUAAUAAUAUUACUCGGCCAAAAAAUCUACAGUCUACAUUUAUUGUCUU